AUUUUUGACUGUCCCAUCUGUCAAAAUUUAUUUACAGGAAGUGAGGACUGAUUUCUAUCUUCUUUCACACAAGAGUUCCAAAAUUUAAAAGCAGAAGAGUGCCAUGGAUUUGGGAGGAAUUCGCAUACAUGUCUCGCGCAGGAGACCGUUACAUGAACGAGGGACACACAGACAUCAUGAACACCGUCACAGAAGGCGGGAUCAGGAUUUACGGAGCCGGAGUAGGCACAGGGAAACCACUCAACCACUGGUCAUCAAUGACGAUGAUUCUGGGACACAGAACAGCUCUUGUAUUGAUCUGACCAGCGGGGACGAAGAAUUCAUUGAUCUGACCAGCCCAUCUGGUGCAAAUGAUGCCAGUGUUAUAAUUAUUUCAGGAAACUCAGAGUCCAGAAGACGUAGAACUAUAGGGAGGCGUCGUCGUGAGACCUCGGACGAAUCGGAGAACGACGUGAUAGAGAUCUCUAACUCCUACCAUCCACUACCUCUGCCUCUCUCUUUUGAUGAUCCAGAAACGGAGAAUAACCCAUCAACAAGUGCAAAUGAUUCUAUUCUGUCACCAGUACAAGACAUUAGCUGCCCCAUAUGUAUGGACAGUAAAAAACAGAUUAUAAAAAGUGGGAGACAAAUGGCAGCUACAGUUUGUGGCCAUGUUUUCUGUAAGCCCUGCAUCAAAGCGUCCAUCGACAAUCAUCGCUUCUGUCCAACCUGCAGAAAAAAGCUGAGCAUGAGACAGGUGCAUCCUCUGUUUAUAUGAAGGACAAUUAGUGACCUGUUUAUGUGAUGGUAAUUUACUGGUACUUUCUCCUCUGUUUAUAUGAAAGAUAAUUACUGACCUGUUUAUAUGAUGGUAAUUUACCAGUACUUUCUUAUAUUUAUAUGGACAAUUACUGACCUGUUUUUGUGAUGGUAAUUUACCGGUUCUUACCCCUCAGUUUAUCUUAGAGAGAAUUACUUUUGGGGUUCAUUUGUCUGAGGGACAACUACUAUCCUAUUUUCAAGAUGGCAAUUUACUGGUACUUAUCCCUGUGUUUUUCUGAGGAAAAAUAACUUACCAUUUAUUUGUCUGGGGACAAUUUAUGUCCUAUUUGAUGAUGUUUCAAUAUGAUGUUUAUUUACUUGCCCAUGUGUUUACCUGAGGAACUCCAAAGAAUUACUUACCUGAAUGGCUGGAUGGCUGAUAGAAAGUUCAGCUCUGUUAUGUGAUUUGAUUUAUGUGAAAGAUAUAUAUCCUUGUAAUAUUGACUCUUAAUGUUGAAAUUAGUGCUGAUUACUCUAAGACUUACCUGUUGUAUUAUGUAUUGAGCCUGGUGGUUUACACUGAUUGCAUAUGAAUAUUAUUAGUGCUGUAUGGAAUAUUUUGUAUGACUAAAUCAAUUAACACCUAUGUACUGGUUGUUAGAGUACAUUGCUUGCUUUGUAUAAAUGCUGUGUGGUGCAACUGUAUAAUUUUUAGUUUAACUGUGUAAGAUAUAUUGAUACAUUGUACGAGUGUUUAUUUCAAAUACAUGUACUUCUUGGUAAAUGAGUUUUUAUAGUACAUACAAAAAGGAAUAAUUUAAAGUUUUUGUGAUUUUUGUUUGGUAAAGGGAAAUAAAGUUUUGAAAGAAAAAUCUAGCUGCUCUUUCUUUCUUGGGCUAUUAGUUGAAUCAUAUGCAUUUUGUCAAAUUAUUUAAAAGAUCUAUAGUCAAAAUAAAAUAAAUUAUGCAGUAAGCAUUAUAAUUUUUUUGUAGUGACAUGAAAAUUUUACUAUUGAACAAGGUAACAAAAAAUUUCUUUCAUAUCACCAUGGGAUCAAUAAAGACCAAAAUGAUUUUUUCUAUGAACCAAAACAUUGUCCAUUUUAUGAAUUUUCAUAACUGUAGUAAGAUUUUUGUAGAGAGAGCAUCAAUUUACCGAUUCAGUUAUUUUUUCCUAGUCAAUUACCCUGUAUAACAGUUUAGAUGGUAGACAUGUUGCAUGAAGUUCUGUUUGUACUGAUUGAGUUAAUGUUGAAACAUGAUUUUUUUUUUCUGUCUUGUAGUCAGAAACAAACAAUAUAUAAACUUUUUGUUCUGUUGCAUAAAGUAAAACAGUAUUAAAUGAGUUCCA